CUAGAUUGGGGUGUGGUAUAAGGGGCAUAGGAUGCCCGGCUGGCCCCUCUCGCUUUCUAUCGUGAUCCCAAUACUGCCUUAUCACAACUAUGGCUGUUGUCGAGUCCCCAGAGCACCAGAAGCUUCGGGCGGCGCUGCGUGCAAUCACGAACCAUGUUGCCAGUUUGCAGGCACAUGAAUUCGAUUCCGAUGAAUUGGAGAGCCACAAGAUCCAGCUUGUGUCUAUGGAUCUGGACGAAACAUCAGAUUCCAAACCUACCUUUUUUGCCCCAUGUUCUGCCUCCCUGCUACUGAACCCAGAUGACGACUAUGACCGGGAAAGGCCGCCCGGGUACUAUGACUUUGAUUCCAUUGAUCCAAUUUUCAGAAGACCAAUCGACUGCGCACGCAAUGUGAUCAACUAUUUUACUUACUAUGCGUUCGCCUGCGCUUGUCAUAGCAAGGACAAGGUUCUCGAUCGAGUGUGGUCGGGCGUCAGUAUUGGCGAGGUGCCUUUUGUGGGCCUGAUCGAGUACGACUCUCCCGAAUACGCCUCCCUGGAUGCUAUUCAGGUCAAGGAGGGCCCAUACCCACACCUAAAAGCCCUCCUUUACAACGACCUGAAUGCCACCGACGGGAGAAUCCUCCGAGGAGAGAUCAUGAUUGCUCUACGUUAUAUUAUCGCGCAAAUGAGGCGAUCCCGCUUCCUCCAGCAUAUGACUGCUCCGGCUCUUCUAUUCUCUUUCGUGGGGCCCCAGCAUGCUCGGCUGAUCGAGGCAUAUUUCAAUGGUAGCUCGUUGGUGAUGCGAACAACGAAGCUCUUUGACAUGCGUAAGAAGGACGAGGCUCUGAUCAAGACUUUUGGGCGGUGGUAUUUUGGGGAGCCGGUGGGAAAUACGCAGGCUCCUAGGUAGCCAUGCUUCUUGUCUUCUAGGUGCGCAUGGUUUAUGGCUGUGAUGGAUGUCAUGGGUUUUAGUAACCGGAUUAGGAUUGUUUCUUGGUGUUUGGGUUGGUUGGGUGGAUGACUGGUUUUCUCUUCUUGGAAUUAUCUUGCGUGGUUUCAAAGCUUUUACCGUUCUUACAUUUUGUUGUGUAUCGUCCCGCCUGUGAUGGCAACUGUUGGCACACUACCUUCUUGUUCUUGGACCAGGUGCACAACCCUUGAGCCUGAAAACUUCAGACCGCAGUCCCUGAUCAAAAAAUACCCAAUGGCACGGGUGUCAUCGAUUCUCCACCUCUUGAUAACAAACAAGGUCAGCAUUCCAG